AUGCCCUACCACAGUGUCCUUCGCCUGGUCCUGCUAAUGCUGUGCAGCAUCCUGGUCCCUGCUGUGCUGACAGCAGAGUACCCGCAGGGCCCAGUCCCCACCCUCUGGAACGAGCCACCCGAGCUGCCCUCUGGAGCUGGCCCCUUUGACGCCGCCACCACCACAGCCCGUCUCUCAGAUGCCACCGCCUUCCCCCCGUACACCUCCGAGCUGGAGCCCGAGGACACCACACACCUGCACCGGUUGGACGCCGGGGACGGCUCGCUGGGGCCCGGAGCUAUCGGUGCCAUUGUCAUCGCCUCCCUCCUGGGUACGUCUGUGCUUGUGGCCUUGGUCGUCAUCACGCUGAGAAAGUUCUCGGCCUCCUGA